UUAAUGCAUUUAUUUUUAAGCUGGUCCAAGCAGUGCCAUUGGAGCUCAGGAAAGUACAGCCCAACUGUUGGUGUCAGAUCCAAACCUCAUUCAUGUAUUAGUGAAAUUUCUUUCUGGCACAAAUCCUCAUGGAACAAAUCAACACAGUCCACAGGUUGGGCCAACUGCUACGCAAGCUAUGCAAGAAUUUCUUACUCGAUUACAAGUGCACCUUUCAUCAACUUGUCCUCAAAUGUUUAGUGAAUUUUUAUUGAAAUUAAUACAUAUUCUUUCAACAGAAAGAGGUGCUUUUCAGACAGGCCAAGGGCCUUUGGAUGCACAAGUGAAACUCUUGGAAUUUACCCUGGAACAGAAUUUUGAAGUUGUGUCAGUUAGCACUAUUUCUGCAGUGAUCGAGUCUAUAACCUUCCUUGUGCAUCAUUACAUUACAUGUUCGGACAAAGUGAUGUCUCGCAGCGGCUCAGACAGCUCUGUGGGUGCUAGAGCAUGUUUUGGAGGGCUUUUUGCCAACAUUAUCCGUCCAGGUGAUGCCAAAGCUGUUUGUGGAGAAAUGACAAGGGAUCAACUUAUGUUUGAUUUGUUAAAACUGGUGAACAUUUUAGUUCAGCUGCCACUUUCCAGUAACCGAGAAUAUAGUGCCCGUGUACCAGUAGCAAGCAGCACCACAGACAGUGUGUCUGAUGAAGAAAAGGUUUCAGGAGGCAAAGAUGGCAAUGGAAACAAUCCUAGUAUUCAAGGAUCAACUGCGUAUGUUGCGGACUUGGUGUUAGCCAACCAACAAAUUAUGAGCCAGAUUUUGUCUGCCCUUGGCCAGUGUAACAGCAGUGCUAUGGCAAUGAUUAUUGGUGCAAGUGGCUUACAUCUUACUAAACAUGAAAACUUUCAUGGUGGCUUAGAUGCAAUAUCAGUUGGAGAUGGAUUGUUCACUAUCCUGACAACACUUAGUAAGAAAGCAACAACGGUGCAAGUGAUGCUUCAGCCAAUUCUUACUUACAUGGCUUGUGGGUAUAUGGGAAGACAGGGUUCUCUUGCCACUUGUCAGUUGUCUGAACCACUCCUCUGGUUCAUUUUACGAGUCUUGGACACAAGCGAGGCACUGAAGGCUUUUCAUGAUAUGGGUGGUGUUCAGCUUAUUUGUAACAACAUGGUAACUAGCACAAGAGCUAUUGUUAACACAGCAAGAAGUAUGGUUUCAACUAUUAUGAAAUUCCUUGAUUCUGGUCCCACCAAAGCAACAGACAGUAGUUUGAAAGCCAGAGUGCUAGCUUCUGAACCUGAUAAUGCAGAGGGAAUUCACAAUUUUGCGCCCUUGGGUUCCAUCACCUCAAGCAGCCCUACUGCCCAACCUGCUGAAGUACUGUUACAGGCUACUCCUCCACAUAGAAGAGCUCGAUCUGCUGCAUGGUCAUACAUAUUUUUACCUGAGGAGGCUUGGUGUGAUCUCACAAUUCAUCUUCCUGCAGCAGUGCUGCUCAAAGAGAUACACAUCCAGCCUCAUCUGGCCUCUCUUGCAACUUGCCCUUCAUCAGUAUCUGUUGAAAUAAGUGCAGAUGGUGUCAAUAUGUUACCUUUGUCAACUCCUGUUAUCACAAGCGGUCUCACAUACAUAAAAAUACAGCUUGUAAAAGCUGAAGUUGCAUCAGCUGUCUGUCUUCGUCUCCAUCGUCCACGGGAUGCUAGUACGUUAGGCCUCUCUCAAAUCAAACUGUUGGGCCUCACAGCUUUUGGAAACACCUCAUCUGCAACAGUCAAUAAUCCAUUCCUUCCUUCUGAGGAUCAGGUUUCUAAAACAAGUAUUGGUUGGUUAAGAUUAUUACACCACUGCCUCACUCACAUAAGUGAUUUAGAAGGAAUGAUGGCUAGUGCUGCAGCACCCACUGCUAAUCUGUUGCAGACAUGUGCUGCAUUACUGAUGUCACCAUACUGUGGUAUGCAUUCUCCAAAUAUUGAGGCUGUGCUUGUAAAAAUUGGGCUGCAGUCCACCAGAAUAGGCCUCAAAUUGAUUGACAUUCUUCUCAGAAACUGCUCAGCAUCAGGGAGUGACCCUGCAGACAUUCUUUAUCAGCUGGGAACAACUCAAGAUCCUGGAACAAAAGAUAGGAUUCAAGCACUGUUAAAAUGGGUCAGUGAUUCCGCAAGAGUUGCAGCUAUGAAAAAAAGUGGCCGGGUCAGCUACAUUUGUCCAAAUAGCUCAACAAGAGAGUAUGGUCUUUUGAUGCCAUCUCCUUCCCACUUGCAUUGUGUAGCAGCGAUUUUGUGGCAUAGUUAUGAACUGCUUGUUGAAUAUGAUUUACCAGCAUUGCUGGACAGAGAGCUCUUCGAAUCACUGUUUAACUGGUCCAUGUCUCUUCCCUGCAACAUGGUUUUGAAGAAAGCUGUUGAUAGUUUGCUUUGCUCAAUGUGCCACAUCCACCCAAAUUACUUUUCCUUACUCAUGGGGUGGAUGGGUAUCACUCCUCCUCCAAUGCAGUGUCAACACAGACUGUCCAUGACUGAUGACAGCAAAAAGCAGGAUCUCAGUUCAUCUUUAACAGAUGACUCUAAAAACGCACAGGCCCCUCUUGCACUAACAGAGUCUCACCUGGCUACUCUUGCUGCUUCAUCUCAGUCUCCUGAAGCUAUCAAGCAGUUAUUGGACUCAGGUUUGCCUUCGCUGCUUGUAAGAAGUCUUGCUAGUUUUUGCUUUAACCAUACUUCUAGCUUGGACUGCAAUGCACAAUCAACGGAUAUCACCCAGGAUAGACUCAGGAGGCACCAUGUCCCACAGCACUUUAAUAAAAUGCCUAUCACAGCAGACCUGGUUGCUCCUGUUCUCAGGUUUUUGACGGAAGUUGGCAACAGCCACAUAAUGAAGGACUGGUUGGGUGGUUCUGAAGUCAAUCCGCUGUGGACAGCACUUUUAUUUCUGUUGUGCCAUUCUGGUGCUACUUCUGGAGGACACAAUGUGACUGCACAACAGACAAGUGCAAGAUCCAGCUUGCUUUCUUCAACUGUAACAGCAGGAUUGACCACUCAGCAGCGGACAGCAAUUGAAAAUGCAACAGUUGCUUUCUUCUUACAGUGCAUUUCUUGCCAUCCUAAUAACCAGAGGCUUAUGGCACAGGUUCUCUGUGAAUUAUUCCAGUCUUCUCCUCAGCGUGGGAACCUCCCAACCUCUGGAAACAUUUCAGGAUUUAUUCGGAGGCUUUUUUUGCAACUGAUGCUCGAGGAUGAGAAAGUGACUUUGUUUCUUCAAUCCCCAUGUCCACUGUACAAAGGUAGAAUUAAUGCUACUAGUCAUGUAAUUCAACAUCCAAUGUAUGGAGCUGGGCACAAAUUUCGUACUCUUCAUUUACCUGUCUCAACAACUCUAGCUGAAGUUCUUGAUCGUGUGUCAGGCAAGUUUACAACAGUUUGUUCUAUUUUUAAGAUACGCCGAGGGGCGUACCCGGCUCCUCGGCGCCUCUCCGCGUUUGCGAGCCGGAGCCGUUCGUGCUCUCUCCGGCGGACGCGCUCGCGUGAGCAGCGCCGGGAUAUCUGCGUUCCGUAA